CGAUGAUUGAUGAGGAUAUACGAACGUCAGAACAAGAUAUCUCACUCCUAGGGAUAUUGAAUCUCGCAACCGAUCAGAUGCCGUUAUCCAUGCUUGAAUCUGUCUGCUCCGGCGAAAUAUACAUGUAGCAAGGGUUCCGACACUUCCGGAUCACGGCGGAGACUAGUUCCAAAACUUCAUAAUUCUAUCAUGACGAGAUGUUUUAAGCCUCUUCAACAUCACAUUCAUGACGUCUACGGGUGGUCGACGGCCGUUAUGGGCUGUCCGGAAAGGGAAACUGGUCAGAGUCGAAGCAACCCUCCGUUUUUAUACUUCCACGGCAAUCGAUUACGAGACAGCCUCAGAGUGAGGAACCAAUUCGGGGCCACAAUUCAUUAAGAAUCCUCUUGACAACCACUUAGGAGCAGUUGAAGGGCGGUUGUAUCUUCCGAUGUGGUCCCGUGACCGCGGAGGCCCGGAUCUCCCGGCCCGCUCAACGCCAACGUCCCACGGACC